AUGAUAUUAAAAAUUCAACCCACCAAAACGGCACCGUUUUGGACCCAACCAUCGCCACCAAGCCCACCUUCGCUUCAUCCCUCACCCCACUCCACCUAUUCCGCCACCACACCCACCACCACCACAGUGCCCCCACAGACCCUCAAGUCCCGCCUCAACAAUGGUGAGAGCCUCUAUGGCCUCUUCCUCCUCAGCUUCUCCCCGACUCUCGCUGAGAUCAUGUGCCUAGUCGAGUCUGAGGAUGGGGUGAAGAAGACCGAAGAAAUCGCGGCCGUUGAUAGGGGUGGAUUGCAUUCAAAUGAGGACGUUGGAUCUGAGUGCGAGCACGGGGUCCUUGUGGGAUCCGGGGAACAAGAAGGUGAGGGAGGUGAUGAGGGCGGCGAAAAGGCGGAAUCGAAAAUAGGUACCAAAGCCAAAGCGGCGAUGGUGGUGGUGGGGCUUUCUUAUCUGGCUUUGCUAUGCCACAUGACAGUCCUGAGAAUGGGUAUGGGUAGGUGUUGUUAA